AGGGGACCAUUCAUAAACUAAACUCUUACACACUUCCUGAGCGUGGGCAAAAGUGGUCAUAGCAAUAAAAACACUGAGAAUCACAGGCAGAGAGAGAGAGGGAGAGGGAGGGAGGGAGGGAGGGAGGGAGAUGAAAGAUAAGAGCCAACUUUGGUCAUUUACAUUUUACGUUUCAAAACAGCGACAAAUGCCACUACUUUAAAAAAAAAAGGCAUCUUAUUUGAAGAAUUGCUGGCAGCUAAGGAGGUCUCAGGUUGUCAUUUCGAUUUGCCUCCCUCUCCUUCCCUCUCUCCUCUCUCUCUCUCUCUCUCUCUGAACCAUUUAGGUCCAAUGCACACGUUUCAGGUCUCCAUCUAAAUAGUGGCUGCCCACUGAACACCCGUAAGCAUUGGAUCCGUCAACGUACAACGAGAUUCCGGUGUACAGCCCGGACCACUGUCCCAACAUGAUCGCGGCUCAAGCCAAGCUGGUCUACCAGCUGAACAAGUACUACAACGAGCGGUGCCAAGCUCGGAAAGCCGCGAUCGCAAAGACCAUUCGGGAAGUGUGCAAAGUAGUUUCCGAUGUCCUCAAAGAAGUGGAAGUCCAAGAACCCCGCUUCAUCAGUUCUCUUAGCGAGAUCGAGACGCGCUUCGAAGGGUUGGAGGUGAUCGCCCCCACAGAGUUUGAGGUGGUCCUGUACCUGAACCAAAUGGGGGUGUUCAACUUCGUGGACGAUGGCUCGCUGCCUGGCUGUGCCGUGCUCAAACUGAGCGACGGCCGCAAGAGGAGCAUGUCCCUUUGGGUCGAAUUCAUCACAGCAUCGGGCUACCUGUCAGCCAGAAAGAUCCGCUCCAGGUUUCAGACCCUGGUGGCACAGGCAGUGGACAAAUGCAGUUAUCGGGAUGUAGUGAAGAUGGUAGCGGAUACGAGUGAGGUGAGGCUGAGGAUCAGGGAGCGCUACGUGGUGCAGAUCACCCCAGCCUUCAAGUGCACAGGCAUCUGGCCCAGGAGCGCGGCUCAGUGGCCCAUGCCGCACAUCCCGUGGCCAGGACCCAAUCGAGUGGCUGAGGUCAAGGCAGAAGGCUUCAACCUGCUCUCCAAGGAGUGCUACUCCCUGACAGGCAAGCAGAGCUCUGCCGAGAGCGAUGCCUGGGUUUUACAGUUCGGCGAAGCUGAGAACAGGCUGCUGAUGGCGGGCUGCAGGAAAAAGUGCCUCUCGGUUUUAAAGACUCUGCGCGAUCGGCAUCUGGAAUUGCCGGGGCAGCCGCUCAAUAACUACCACAUGAAGACACUGCUGCUCUACGAGUGCGAGAAACACCCGAGAGAAACCGACUGGGACGAGUCGUGCCUCGGCGACAGGCUGAACGGCAUCCUCCUCCAGCUCAUCUCCUGCCUCCAGUGCCGGAGGUGUCCUCAUUACUUUCUCCCUAACCUCGAUCUUUUCCAAGGAAAGCCCCAUUCGGCCCUGGAAAGCGCAGCGAAACAGACUUGGCGAUUGGCGAGAGAAAUUCUUACCAACGCAAAGAGCCUCGACAAGCUAUAGUAAAACUUGUGAUCCCUGCAAACUUAUUCAGCAAUUAGCGCAAGGCACACGGUGUGAACUUAUUAAUAAUUAAACAGAGGCUUUAAGAGAAGCAAACGGACUUUGGCGUGAAACAGAUCUAAGGUACAUUUUAAACUACGGUAAAUGUAACCGACAAACUUGUUUUGGAUGUUGUCAGCCUGCGAGGAAUCUUUAUUUAAGUAUGCAGUCUUUUAAAGGCCAAGGCAAUUUCUGUUGUGAAAUGUAUUUUGCGUGCCAAUUCCAGAUUCUGUGCCCCUGAAAAAGACGUGUAAUAAUGGUAAUAAAAUUAUUUACCUUA